GCCAGACAAAGCAUCUGCCCGCAGGCUGCUUCCUUCCCUCUGGAGGUGAAAAUCUUUCCACUUGCGGCUUCGGAAGAGGAGACAAGACGCUGGGAAGCGGAACCACAAGCAAGAAAGUAACACGGUGAAAGAACAUCUCCUGGAGAUGAUGCAUCCUAUCAUCCAGUCCUUACUCAAGCAAGACACCCACUGACUCCAUCGGAAGAAGUGGGUUUUUUACCCACGAAAGCUUAUGCCCAAAUAAAUCUGUUAGUCUUUAAGGUGCCAACGGACUCCUUGUUGUUUUUACUGACCCCAGUGAGAAUUUUGCACGUGAAAGAACUGCAAGACUGGCCCUGAUGUUUCCUUCUAUAGGUGGAGGAUCUUGGACUUUUUCUUUUCUUCAUUACAGACAUUUCGUUCUACCUUUCCAACCACUUUAAUUACUUUCUCAAGAAGAUGCCAACAGACAGGCUGUGGCUGUGUGACAAGGAAAUCCCUUAAAAAUGAAAAAGUUCACGCUGUUCGAUUUUGUAAAUGAUAAUUCGUUACAAAUUGGAGAGACUUCAUGGAUUCAGGAUCUUCCCAAUGAUGACAGUGAACUAGAAGGACUCCUGAAACCAAAUGAGCAGGUGCUAGUUAACUGGCCUGUGGGAGAAAGGAAGACAGAGAAACAUUUAGUAAAAGUAGUGUACAUGAGUGAUGACCCUCAAGAGCUAGUUGAGAUGAUGCAGAAGAUAUUGCAGGCGGAUGAAAUUACAAAAAUACAAGUUGUUGGAAAAGGCAAGAGGAAGAGGAUUGAGAUGAUAUUCUCAGAGAGUGAAGAUAGUGACCUGGACAAAGAGCAGGGGAAAAUGAUGAAGAGUAUAAAAAGAAAGAAAUCAUUACAGGCCUCUGCCUCUGCCAACAUCCUGAGUCAACUUGAAACAUCUUUAAUUAACAAACAGAGAGAACCGUAUUCUGGAAAUGCCUUUCUGUACAGCGAAAGCAGUAGUGAUGAUGAGGAGCCCUUGUUUCAGUUAUCCAAAGUGGAACUACGUGCCAAAAUAAAAAGUCUGAAAAGGAAACUGACAGACACCAUGAGAGAAAACUGUCGCCUACGGCAGUCACUGGUCAUGCUUCAAGUGUUGCCACAGGCAGUCACACAUUUUGAGGAACUGGUAGGUAUGGCUGAGGCCCUGCUCAAAGGGGGAGUGACCACAUCUGCCUCCAGUAUUCAUUCACACACUGUCUGGAAAGCAUCAAACAGUUCUUUAUCAGAUUCAUAUGCAACUAUCCACAGUAACUCCAAUUCACCGAUAGCAUUGAACAUGGAGGAAGAGGAGCAACAGCCUGAGAAACAGUUCAAGAUUGAAAAAUGGCAGAUUGCCCUUUGUAACAAGAGCAAGCCUCAAAAGUUUAUAAAUGAUUUGAUGCAAGCCCUUUAUACACACGAAUACAUGGCCACGCAUAGUCUGACAGGUGCAAAAUCCUCCUCUUCGAAGGAUAAAGCAGCAAAACCAGCAAUGAAUCAGAAUGAAGUUCAGGAAAUCAUAGGAAUCACAAAACAGUUAUUUCCAAAUACAGAUGAUGCUUUAAUUAGGAGAAUGAUGGGGCAAAAGCUAAACAAUUGCACCAAGAAGCCAAUUUUAAGCAAAGAUCUUAAUUCAGUUGUUUUUCAGAAGCAUAGCUUUUGUGGUUCGCCAGCUCCUCCUCCCAGUACUCAGGACACCAUCCCAUCAGCUCCUGUUUCCAGUGCAAAAGAGCAGCAGGAUGAUGACUCACUGGCUUCUCCCACACCAGUUCAGCAUGGUGACAGCUCUCUGGCUCCUCCUCCCCACAGCACAAAAGCUCAGCAAAGUGGUGUCACACCAACUUCUUUCAGCAUGGAGUCUCAUCAAGGCAGAAACUCACCAGCUCCUACUUCCAACCAGGGCUCCAGACAGGAUUUCAGGAGCUCCGACAAGAAGUAAAAGUGGACCCUUCAUAGCAGUUCAGGCAGACACUGGAGGAUAGGGACAGUAGAAAAUGGGCAGACAGAAGUGACACUUAAUAGUGUGUUCAGACCCUAGCAACAGUUGGCAAAGAUACUGGAAGAGGAAUAGAGGUCUGGGGCCAAUUUUCUGAUUUGUAAUGAAAAUCCCACAGUAUAGAAAAAAAAUUCAAAAUGCUUCAAUAUCUUCAGAUUUAAGAUAUUAUAAAAUAUAUGCAUGUCCUACUGUAGUUCAGAAUGGAUUAAAACUUGUUCCAAAAUAAUACAAAUGUUCUCUAUAACCAGAUAAUGGACACACUAUUUAAGAUAAUGCCAAAAAUAAAACCAAGAGGAGCUUCACAGCCCAGACCAAACACCCAUCUAUGUAUAUGAGAGAAAGAUCUUUAGUCUUCCAGACAGAAGAAGGUUUUUUACUAUAAUCCAAGGGACCCUGAGUGGUUUAAAACAAGGACAGACAAUGCAAUGUUAGGAUGCAGAUAGUGUUAGCCUUCAGAGGGAUGAAAAAACAGGGACUCAAAGGCCCAGAUCUACAGAGAUUUAGGCACCUAAACCCCAAAGGGGUUCCCUUUGUUGAUCCAGGCUAAGGAUACUAUAUUGGAUCAGCAGGAGUGGUUCCCUCAGGAGCUGCUGCUCUUUUGCCCUAUUAAGGGGAGUCAGGGAGAAGAAGGAGCUAAGGCUCACUUUUAUCUCUAAGGGGUUGGGAGGAGACUCAGGUUUCUUUUGGCCUAGAUGCAUGGGGGACCAGGAGCAUCUUUUUUCCUCUGGAGACAGUAGGGGUGUGGUUGCCAGCAUGUAAGCAUUUUGCCAGGGCAGUUCUCCAUAUUAGCCCCCACCGGGUUCUAUAUGUGGUCUGGUGAAUUUUAGAUUAUUUCUUCGAAGGGUGUGAGAGAAAAGGCAAAUUACAGUAACCCGAAGGCCGAUAAAAUCACCUGGCACCACUCAGGUGAAAAACUGUCACUUCAACAAAGUUGUGUGUCUUUCUCCACUACAUUUCCCACAACUCCCACUCUGUUCACCUAGCCCCCUCUGGCUCUUUGGCUCUUCUCUCUGCACCUGCCCUAUUCCGUUUUACCUCAUGAGAGGAGGUGCAGGAGAUGGACACCGGAUGACCUCCUCUUCAGGGCUCCUUUCUGCCAGUGCCCUGGCUUUACAAAGUUUAGUUGGUUCACAAAUCCCAAAUAUCCCUUUUUUUACUGAACAUGAGGAGUCCCUUCUCUUUCUCUCCAGGGACUAGAAAGCGGGUUAUGGGGGUGGGGCAUGGGGGGCUCCUGCUUCUCUUGACCUGGAGGGCAGUUCUCUUGAUGAAGGCACUGUGGAGGACAAAGAUACCAGCUGCUGCCCAUAGAGUCUGACUUGGAGAGACAGUACAACAGGAAGUAUGUUCCUGCUGUGGGUGCUGUAGCCCCUCAGUAAACAUGGUACCUGUCUUCGAGAGCUGACCACCCCCUUUAGCCUGGUCCACUGAAUUAUGAGUGUUCCACUGUGGCUGAUCAAAGAGAAGCAGCCAGCAGGCCAGCUUGACUUUGGAAAGGAUAGGGAGGGGUAGUAGGAUUGAGAGGGACCUCUGUCUUUGAAAACCUUAGAGACAGACUUUUCCCAAAAUUCUUUGCAGGGUUUUUGUUGUUGUUGUUGUUGACUCCUGGCUUCCCAAGAAAUCUGUUAGUGACAUAUGGGCCAGUGCAAGGUUGGGUGCAGGAAGCAUCAGAAAUAUUGCUUUUAAUUUUGAGCAUCUCAUUCCCAGAAAGAUAUUGACAAAUUGGAGGGAGUUCAUAGAAGAGAAACAAAGUUAUUGAAGAACUCAUUUACAGUGGAAAAAACUAACAGAGCUAUAUAUUUUUUCCUGUCUAAGCAGUGACUAAGGAUCAGAGCAUAUACUAAUAAUCUACAAAUGUUAGGGUCUAAAUGUGGAGAUAGAGAAGUUAUUUAGAUUGGUUUAAGGGGAUAUAAAUAUAAGUAACAGGAUGAAGUUAAGAAAGAAAAUAUUUAGGGUGAACAUCAAAAAAAAAAAAUGUCCUGACAGUAAGAUGUAUUAGGCUGUGAACUGGGGUCUCCCAAGGAAAGUGCUGAAAGCCCAGUUUAUAUGACAAUGCACGAAUAAAUACACUGUAAAGAAGAUUUUUGCAUAUGCAGGGGAAUGGACUAGGUGUUCUAAUAGAUCUUUUCCAUCUUUAACAUCUAUGCUUUUCCUUGUAGAUAGGUCUAAGAUGAAAGCAGAUAAAACAACAUGCCAGAAGGCUCUGACUCAUGGUGUUAACCACCAGAGAUAAAAUAUAGGUGAAAGGAUGUUUUGCUACUGUGUAUAUAUUGUACAUGAACCUGUAUGUAUUGCAUUAUUAAUGUAUAUACUUAAUCAUAUUUUUGAAGCAACUUUCUAUAAAAAUAAAAAAAUGAAAACGUACUAUG